CGGCGGCGGGGGGAGGCGGUCGCCGGGCGCCGCCCGCCCCGCAUCCCGCAUCCCGCCGGCCCCGCAUCCCGCCGCCGGCCCCAAAUGGAUUAUCUGCGGCUGGUGCUCUCCUGCCUCGUCCCCCUGCACGGCUGCCUGGCCGCCGGCAGCGCCCCAGAGCUGCUCCUGUCCGGCAAACUCAGCGAGUAUGGAGUGAUCGUCCCCUUCAGCACCGACUGCCGGGGCCGCUUCCUGUCGCACGUGGUGUCCGGCGACGCGGCGGCGGGGCUCGGCCAGCCCGCCUGUCCCCCGGCCCCGUCCCUGUCCCCGUCCUUGUCCCCGUCCCCGUCCCGCCGCCGCGUCCCCCGCAGCCCCCCGGAUGAGCCCCCGCAGCGCCGCUUGCUCUAUUUCAACGUCACGGUUUUUGGGAAGGAGCUGCACCUCCGGCUGAGCCCCAACCGCAGGCUGGUGCCGCCGGGAGCCGUGGCGGAGUGGCAGGAGGAUUUUGAGGUGCUUUUCCGGGAACCCCUCCAGCAGCGGUGCCUUUUCACCGGUGACAUCUCCGGGAUGCCUGGAGCUGCCGUGGCCAUCAGCAACUGCGAUGGGCUGGCUGGCCUGAUUCGGACAGACAGCAACGAGUUUUUCAUCGAGCCCCUGGAGAGGGGCCAGCAGGACACAGAGGAGCACGGGAGGGCCCACGUGGUCUAUCGGCGCUCGGCCAUCCGGCAGGAUGGCGCCGAGCCGCGCCACGACCUCCAUCCCGAAGUGCCCGGCCUGCAGGUGGGUGAGCUCCCGAAUUCCCUGGAGCUGAUGGCGGAGCAGCUGGGGGACGCGGAGCGCAAGCGGCGCCACGCCAGGAAGGAUGACUACAACAUCGAGGUGCUGCUGGCCGUGGAUGACUCCGUGGUGCGCUUCCAUGGCAAGGAGCACGUCCAGAACUAUGUCCUCACCCUCAUGAACAUAGUGGAUGAAAUUUAUCACGACGAGUCGCUGGGCGUGCACAUCAACAUCGUGCUGGUCAGGAUGAUCAUGGUGGGAUACCGCCAGUCAGUGAGCCUGAUCGAGCGGGGCAACCCGUCGCGGAGCCUGGAGCAGGUGUGCCGCUGGGCGCACUCGCAGCAGCGCUCCGACCCGCAGCACGCAGAGCACCACGACCACGCCGUCUUCCUCACCAGGCAAGAUUUUGGGCCCGCAGGUAUGCAAGGCUACGCUCCGGUGACGGGGAUGUGCCACCCUCUCCGCAGCUGCACCCUCAACCACGAGGACGGCUUCUCCUCGGCCUUCGUCGUGGCCCACGAGACCGGACACGUGUUGGGCAUGGAGCACGACGGCCAGGGCAACCGCUGCGCCGAUGAGACCAGCAUGGGGAGCAUCAUGGCGCCGCUGGUCCAGGCCGCCUUCCACCGCUACCACUGGUCCCGCUGCAGCAAACAGGAGCUCAACCGCUACAUCCACUCCUACGACUGCCUCCUGGAUGACCCCUUUGAGCACCAGUGGCCCACGUUACCUGAGCUGCCGGGAAUUAAUUAUUCCAUGGACGAGCAGUGCCGCUUCGACUUCGGCGUGGGCUACAAGACGUGCACGGCGUUCCGCACCUUCGACCCCUGCAAGCAGCUGUGGUGCAGCCACCCGGACAACCCCUACUUCUGCAAGACCAAGAAGGGGCCGCCCUUGGAUGGCACCGAGUGCUCUCCUGGCAAGUGGUGCUUCAAGGGCCACUGCAUCUGGAAGACGUCGGAGCAGCCUUACAGUCAGGAUGGCAGCUGGAGCUCCUGGUCCAAGUUCGGCUCGUGCUCCAGGACCUGCGGGGGAGGCGUGCGAUCCCGCAGCCGGAGCUGCGACAACCCGCCCCCAGCAUACGGAGGGCGGCAGUGCCCGGGAGCCACCUACGAGUACCAGGUGUGCAACGCCGAGGAGUGCCCGGGGCCCUACCAGGAUUUCCGUGCCCAGCAGUGCUCCAAGCGCAACUCCUACUACACCCACCAGAACAGCAAACAUUCCUGGCUUCCCUACGAGCAUCAUGACGAUGCUCAGAAGUGUGAGCUGAUCUGCCAGUCUGAGGGCACGGGAGACGUGGUGUUCAUGAACCAGGUUGUUCACGACGGGACCCGCUGCAGCUACCGAGACCCCUACAGCGUCUGUGUCCGGGGCGAGUGCCUGCACGUCGGCUGUGACAAGGAGGUUGGCUCCCUGAAGCAGGAUGACAAGUGUGGGGUCUGCGGGGGGGACAAUUCCCACUGCCGGACGGUGAAGGGGACGUUGGCCAAGACCCCCAAGCAGCCAGGUGUUUUGAAGAUGUUUGAGAUCCCAGCUGGAGCAAGGCACCUUCAGAUAGAAGAGAUGGAGCCAGCAUCCCACAGCAUCGCUGUUAAGAAUCAAGCCACGGGGAACUUCAUCCUGAAUGCCAAGGGCCAAGAAGCCAAAAGCCAAGUGUUCAUUGAGAUGGGCUUGGAGUGGGAAUACACUGUGGAGCAAGGCAAGGAGAGCCUGAAAACCAGCGGUCCCCUGCACGAGGCCAUCAGUGUUUUGGUCAUCCCUCAGGAGGAGGAGGUGAGGAGCAGCCUCAUGUACAGGUACAUCAUCCACGAAGACCUGCUGCCCAUGAUUGGAAAUAACAAUGUCCUGCUGGAGGAGAUGGAUUCCUACGAGUGGGCCCUCAAGAGCUGGUCCCAGUGCUCCAAGGCGUGUGGAGGAGGCAUCCAGUACACCAAGUACGGCUGCCGUCGGAAAAGCGACAACCGGAUGGUGCAUAGGAACUUCUGUGACAAUGGCAAGAAGCCGAAGCCAAUCCGGAGGCGCUGUAACCUCCAGGAGUGCUCCCAGCCCAUGUGGGUGGCUGAGGAGUGGGGUGCCUGCAGCCGCUCCUGCGGGAAGCUGGGGGUGCAGGCGCGGGCGGUGCAGUGCGUGCAGCGCCUGCAGGACGGCACCAACCGCACCCUGCACAGCAAGUACUGCCCCGGGCAGCGCCCCGAGACGCGCCGGCCCUGCGGCCGCCUGCCCUGCCCCGCACAGUGGAGGACGGGAGCCUGGUCCGAGUGCUCGGUGACCUGCGGGGAAGGCGUCCAGCAGCGGCAGGUGGUGUGCAAGGGCAGCGACAGCGGUGCACGCUGCGAGGGUGACAAGCCAGAGGCCAUCCAGGGCUGCCACGUGGCUGUCUGCCCGGGGAAGCUCUCUGGCAUCACCGCCAGUGCCGAUGCCGGCGACCACGGCACCACCAAAGGGCAGCGGGUGCCCCAGGACGGAGCCAAAAACCCCGUGAGCAAGAUCUCCUCCAGGGAGCCCUGCCUCGGGGACAAGUCCAUCUUCUGCCAGAUGGAGGUCCUGGCUCGCUACUGCUCCAUCCCUGGAUACAACAAGCUCUGCUGUGAAUCCUGUGGGAAGAAAGCCUCCUCCUCCUCCACUGGCUCACCCCCUGUCACCAGCAUUCCCCCGGGAGCCACCACUCCCAGCCCUGCUCUGGCGCUCCUCCCCUACCCCACUACCCCAGCUCGGGGGGAGCCUGCUGGGAACCCCACUGUGGCACCUGGGGUAUCCAGCAGUGGUGCUUUUCCAGGGGAGCUGCCAGCCCCGAGGGAGCCAGGAAGGGGCCAGGGGGCCAGGUAACCUGCUGGGGACCACCUCCCUGUGAGGCUGGGAAAGCCUUUCUCCCUCUUCCCUCCCGUUCUCUCCAUCUUUUUCCUCUCUCCCAACUUCCAGUGAUGGUUUUUGUGGGUGGCACUGCCAGGUUUGGGAAUGACCUGGCUCCACACCCAGAAAUUCCUGGGAAAACCACUCAUUUUCCAUGGUCCUGCUUGCCCUCCUAGCUGUGCCAUGGCGCUUUUUGACAGUGCUGUGGGAAAAAAAGAUGGAAAAGAGCAAAAAAGGCUGCGGGUAGACAGGCUGCUUCCUCCCAAGGUGCUAAAAAGAUGUGGGAGGGGGACGGCUUUAAUGUUUCAUUUUCCUUCCCCCUGCUCCAAGCAGCAACACAGGAUGUGCUGGGCAGGAGGGUCCUGGCUUGGUGGUUCAGCCCUGGAGCUUGGGGAUAGCAAGGGGAGGAUCCUGGGAAUCUGCUGGGGAAAACUGGAGGGAGGUGGUGAGGUGAGGAGAGGGGAAAUGUGGGGAAAUCCCAAACUGCUGCUUUGGGCUGUCCUUGCUAAGGCAGAGAGUUUGGGAAACGUGUUUGGGGAAGGUGGAACGUGACAAGCAUAGAGUCCUGGAGGCAGGAGAUGGUCGAGGAGAUUCCAAAGUGAGCAAUAAGAGCCACAGGUCAAAGACCAAAAAGUGAUGGCAAAAAUGCCUGUCACCUGGGGGUGACUUUUUUCCAGCCAGUGCUGCCCUUGGCCAGUGCCCAGGAUCACCAGCCUAUCCCUGCACCAUGGACCCAGUGCCUCUGGGGCAGCAACAGCUUCCAGGGGAAAUGGGAGUGACUGGGAAGCCAGGAGUGGAUUUUAGGGGCAGUUACAAGGAGAGGAGAGAGACAAGGAUUCAUCUGCAUCUCUCAUUGCUUGGGAAGGGGUGGAAAGGGGGUGAUUAGUGCCCUUACAAAUGAUUGUGCCAAGUACUAAAGGUUUGCACAGCACUUUAGGAGCCUUGGGCUGCCCUCUCCUUGCUGGGUGCUGGGCCAGCUCUGGGCACAGGGUUUGCCUUGACAAGUUUCAGUCCUCAAAAACCUCCCAAAAAUGGUGUCCCUGUGGGGGCUUCCAUGGUUUUGGUACUUCGGGCACCUCUGGUGCAGUGGCAGGGGAAGGUGGGGGAGGAAGUUUUGGGAACGGGGGAGGUGGAGUCCCAGGAAGGCAAGGCUUGGCAGACAGAGCAGUUUGGCAUUGCAGAGUGGGAUGUCCUUGGGAGCACGUGCAUGGUGUGGGUGCUGGCCCUGAGGCUCCUGCUCCCCUGGUAUGCAAGGAGGAGGAUGUGGCAUCCCUAGGGACAGCGUUUGAGCUCUGCAGGUAGCCAGGGCUUGUGGUGAGGUGGCCAGGGUGAUAUUCCCAGUCUGGCAUGGCUUGUGACAGGGCUGAGGUGCUUGCUGUGACUGAAAUGGAUGGAGACCCCUCUGCAUUCUGGAUGUUUUAAGCGUUGGACUCUGCACUGCUCCCCCAGAGCUUCCCCACACCCUCCUGCUGCCGAGUCACAGCUGGGUGAGCAUUUUUCCCACUCCUCUUAAAGCACCUGGGGCUGGAGGUCCUCGGCCCCCUGGGUGCUGCCCUUUGGCCUUAGGUGGGCAUCCCAAAACAUGGAGCAAAGCCCCCCAUCUGUCUGAGCCACACAGCUGGCACACCUCGCGGGAGUGGGCACAUGGAGGGUGCCUGUGGAGUGCCCAGACCCAGGACAGGCAGGUAUUGGCACCCACAGGGGCUCCUGUGGGGAUACCAGGGUGGGUUCAUCCCUCCAGCCCUGCCGUGCCCCUUGCCAGGCCCUCCGCGGGCGUGCCAGCAUUUAUUUAUUGUGCCAAAGAGAACGCUUUGUUUGCUCUCCAAGGAGCAUAACAAAAAGACCUUCUUUCCCCUCAAAAAUGGGCUGUGAUGUCCUUUCUCCGAAAUUCCCAGCUGCUCCCCUCCCUUCGGUGCUGGCCUAGGUUUGGUGCUUUAUUGCUUUAGGAAUAUUUGCAGUGGUCCCUCCCUACAGCUCAGGGCAGAGCUGGGGCUGGGCACUGACCCAGCCUCGCACCCACAGACCCUGGGGGUGUCUGGGCAGGGGGCUGUGAUCCUGACCUCAGGAUCACCUGAGGGCUGGGGGAGAUGUGGAUCAGGCUGGGAUAACCUCCCCCAGCAGCAGUGGGUGCUCUGGGGUGGUGGUGCUGCAGGGCUGCGUGUUUCAUGGAAUCCUGGAGUGCUUUGGGUUGGAAGGAGCUGUAAAGUUCAUCUGGCUCCAGCCCUCCUGCUGUGGGCAGGGACACCUUCCACUAGACCAGGGUGCUCCAUCCUGCCCUUGAACACUUCCAGGGAUGGGGAAUUUAUUCCAGUUGAAGGCAGGCUGAGCUUGGGUGGCUUUAUCCUGCCUCUGGUCCUGCCUCCAGGAGGAGAGGAUGACUCUGAUCCCCUGCACCCUCCUGAGCCAGGUGGGUGCAUGGAGUCGUUCCUGUGCUGUAACCUUGUCCAGUGUUACCAUGAUGUAUAAAGUUUUGUACAUAUGAGA